CACGGGUCGACCGACACCAUGAGACUCUCAUCAGGCUGGACAGCACUUCUUUACUUUCUGAUUCAUGGAGCAUCCACAACGUGCACAGUGAAGAAGCUGGGCAGCAGCACUGGAAGAUUUGCCAACGCCACUUUAGUGCGGCUCUCGGAGUUUCUGAGUGCGGGGUAUAAGAAAGGAGUGAGACCAGUGAAGGACUGGAGGACGUCUACCAUUGUGGCCAUAGACCUGAUGGUUUACUCCAUCCUCAGUGUGGAUGAGAAGAACCAGGUUUUGACAACAUAUGUGUGGUACAGACAGUCUUGGACGGAUGAAUUCCUGGUGUGGAGUCCAGAAGAUUUUGAUGAAGUCAAACAAGUUUCCAUACCCACCGCUAACGUUUGGGUUCCUGACAUCCUCAUCAAUGAAUUCGUAGAUGUGGGGAAGUCUCCUGACAUCCCUUACGUCUAUGUGACGCACGAAGGUCUGGUGCGAAACUACAAACCCAUCCAGGUCGUCACAGCCUGCACCCUCAACAUCUACAACUUCCCAUUUGAUGUCCAGAAAUGCAGCCUCACCUUCCAGAGCUGGCUUCAUACCAUUGAUGACAUCAACAUCACACUGAUGAGAAGCCCCGAGAAGCUCAGGGACGACAAGAGCGUCUUCAUGAACCAGGGAGAGUGGGAGCUGCUCCACAUUCUCUCCGACUACAAGAUCUUCAGCGUCGACAAUGACGACUAUUACGCUGAGAUGAAGUUCCACGUGGUUAUCAGGCGGCGGCCGCUGUUCUACACCGUGAAUCUGCUGCUGCCCAGCAUCUUCCUGAUGGUGAUGGACGUCGUUGGUUUCUAUCUGCCACCAGACAGCGGAGAGAGGGUUUCCUUCAAAAUCACGUUGCUGCUGGGCUACUCCGUCUUCCUCAUCAUUGUGUCUGACACUCUGCCUGCCACUGCUAUAGGAACCCCACUAAUAGGUGUGUACUUUGUGGUCUGCAUGGCCCUUUUGGUGAUCAGCCUGACAGAAACCGUGCUGAUUGUACGACUGGUCCACAAGCAGGACCUGCAGCCUCCUGUGCCCCACUGGGUGAAGUACCUGAUCCUGGAAAGAGCUCCGGUCCUCUUCUGCAUCCACAAAAAGCACCUUUUCUGUUCCCGGCUGUCCUCACAGGCCUCUGAGCUGGAGCACUACAAAGAAAACAACUACGGGACAGCAGCCCAGUGCUCCAUCCACCACACCUGUGAAAUAGGCCAAAGGCUCAGCCAGCAGGACAGAGAAGGCGGGAUGCUCGGCCUGCGCCUGCCCCCGUCCAGGGACAGCACUCCACCCGUCAUGGACAACAUCCUCCAGGAGGUGACGGCGAUUCGUCACUUCCUGGAGAAGAGGGACAAGCGUCGGGAAGUGGCCAAGGAGUGGCUCCAGGUUGGCUACGUGCUGGAUGUGCUGCUCUUCAGGGUCUACCUAGUAGCCAUGGUGACCUACAGCAUCACUUUAGGCACCUUGUGGUCAGUUUGGCAGGUGGCCUGA